ACUUUAAAAUUACUUUCAUUUGUCUUGGAAGCCAGCGAAGCAUUGCAAUGGAGCUGCGGAUGUUUGUAUUAUUAUCUCUGCUGCCUGCUGUCUUUGGAGUGAAACAUCAAUGUAAGACCAGCCAAUCAUAUGUAUCUACCAGAUGUCAGUGCAUAGCAUCUUUGAAAUUUGUGCCCCCAAGGAAAUUUCAAAACAUUGAAGUGAUACCACAAAGAUCAUCUUGUGACCAAUUAGAAAUUAUAGUAAUAGUGAAUUCCACCCCCAAAUGCAUAGACCCCAAUGAUAAAGAAGGGAAGGUCAUAAUUUCUUGUUGGAAAAGGAGUGAAGGCAACACAAAAAAGGUAAAAAAGUGUGUACAGAGAAAACUGAAGAAGGGCAACGGAAAAAAGAAAAAAGAAAAUAAAUAGACUACAGCACAUACAAAGUACCCACACAAAUAGUGCCUUGAAAUCGUAUCCAUACCCCUUGAAAUUUUCCACAUUUUGUCAUGUUACAACCAAAAAUGUAAAUGUAUUUUAUUGGGAUUUUAUGUU